CUUACAACCAAUGCUGAUCUUAUGGCUAGUCGUCAAUGGAAAUAUUAUAUUGAAACCAAUGAAUGGACACGUGCCACUUGUGCAUUAAUGGCAUGUUUAUUUACUAGAGAUCAAAUGGCUAAUUCCACUGUAUUAGGUCGUGGCGGUUCACAACGUGCUCGUCUUCCAAGUAAUCUAGUUGCUUAUGUUGUUA